AUGCUUCCCGUCCUCCGCACUGCUCGUCCAGCGACAGUCGACAGUACAGCAAAAGCAUGGCUAGCAGGCUUCCACACCACUCCUCUCACCAAAGCCAAGGACACCACGGUGUCUCCCCCAGAGCAGCAGGAUAGUUUGAAAGCCGGAGCAGCCAAAGCAGUACAGGACAAGCAAGAACCGCACAAAACGCAAGCCCAACUCGACGAAGAGCUCAAGCAGAAGCUCGCUGGUAUCUCGGGCGAUGGAGGAGAUGCUGGGGUCGAGUACGAGGACGGGCAGCCCGUGUCCAUGAAACGGAGCGUGAAGAAUAACAUGUUUCGACACCUCAUCACGCAAGAAAUUAUAGGUCUAGAUCGAACAGACGGCCAUACUAGAAGCCCGAACUACGCCGAUGUAUCACUCACAAAAACGAUGGAGGAGAUGCAUUAA